AUGGCUGUGAUGAGUUCGAAUUCUGAGCAGCCACAGUUCAUUGCAAGCACUGGAAACCGGAGCUUCUCAAAUGCGCCGCUGAUUGAGAACACAGAUACAGAUCAAAUUGUUGUUCCUGAUAAGACAAGCUGGAAAAACCUAUUUGCCUAUAUGGGUCCGGGGUUUCUUGUUUCAAUUGCUUAUAUAGAUCCUGGAAAUUUUGAGACGGACUUGCAGUCAGGGGCACAAUACAAGUAUGGGCUACUUUGGAUAAUAUUAGUUGCUUCAUGUGCUGCUCUCAUCAUUCAGUCCCUUGCAGCCAAUCUCGGGGUAGUCACAGGAAAGCAUUUGGCAGAGCACUGUCGAGCUGAAUAUCCUAGAGUAACAAACUUCAUCCUUUGGGUUCUUGCUGAGAUUUCUAUAGUUGCAUGUGACAUUCCUGAAGUGAUUGGAACUGCCUUUGCAUUGAACAUGCUCUUCAACAUACCCAUAUGGAUUGGCGUUCUUCUGACAGGACUUAGUACAUUGCUUCUUCUUGCAUUACAACAAUAUGGGGUUAGGAAACUUGAAUUCUUGAUUGCAUUCCUUGUACUCACAAUUGCUGGAUGCUUCUUUGCUGAGCUUGGCUACGCAAAACCUGAUGGCGCUGAAGUUUUGAAAGGGCUUUUUGUUCCUCAACUCAAAGGAAGUGGCGCUACUGGUCUUGCAAUUUCACUUCUUGGUGCUAUGGUUAUGCCGCACAAUCUCUUCCUUCACUCUGCAUUGGUGCUCUCUAGGAAAAUACCACGAUCUGUCCGUGGCAUCAAAGAAGCAUGCAGAUUUUACAUGAUAGAAAGUGGCUUUGCUCUCAUGGUGGCCUUCCUAAUAAAUGUAUCCGUUAUUUCUGUAAGUGGUGCAGUUUGCAAUUCCGGGGAUUUGAAUGAAGAAGAUCAGAUGAACUGCCAGGACUUGGAUUUGAAUAAAGCUUCCUUUUUACUAAGAAAUGUUUUAGGUAGUUGGAGUUCCAAACUUUUUGCUGUAGCAUUGCUGGCAUCAGGUCAAAGUUCUACUAUAACAGGAACAUAUGCAGGGCAAUAUGUUAUGCAGGGCUUUCUAGAUUUACGACUGAAACCAUGGCUUCGGAACUUCUUAACAAGAUGCUUGGCAAUAGUCCCUAGUUUAAUUGUUGCAGUUAUUGGUGGCUCUGCUGGGGCUGGAAAGCUGAUUAUUAUUGCAUCAAUGAUUCUAUCGUUUGAGCUGCCUUUUGUUCUUAUUCCGCUUCUCAAGUUCACCAGCAGCAAGACCAAGAUGGGAGCUUAUGCCAACUCUACUGCAAUUUCUGCUCUCACUUGGAUCAUUGGUUCUCUGCUCAUGGCCAUAAAUGUAUACUAUUUGAUUAAUGGAUUUAUCAAGUUGCUUCUUCAUAGCCACUUCAAAGUUCUGGCCGUUGUCUUUCUUGGAAUUUUAGGAUUCUCAGGUAUGGGAUUGUAUUUGGCUGGAAUUGCAUAUCUUGUUUUCCGUAAAAACAAAGAGGCUACGCAUCUUUUGGCUUUAACAACACCUGAAAGCAGACAACUGGCAAAUGAGCAGCAGGGUAAUGCAUCGAUGUACUGUCUGGCAAGAGAAGACAUCGUGAGCAUGCAGCUCCCUCAAAGGAGGUCUACCGAAGAUUUCGACUGA